AUGCGAGUUCUGAGAAUUUUCGAAAAUCUCCGUUCCCCUUCCCGCCCCCUUCCCGCCCCUUUCCCGCCCCCUUUCCGCCCCCUCCCCUCCCCCUCCCCCCGUCCUUGCGCCUACUCUCUCUCCUUUCGCCAUUGCAUGGCAGCAAUCUUGUCUCCUCACUCCGUCUUGCCUCCGCUCGUCCCAUCUCCCCGUCACUCGCCCUCACCACAUUUCCCAUUUCGCUCACCCCUCGCCCCCCUGCGCUCCUCCCCCAUCCCUUUCCCAUCCCCACCCUUUCCCCCUCCGCUCAUCCAUUCCCCAUUCCCUCACCCUCCCCUGCCCUCAUCCCUCAUCCCCCCUGCAGCACUCACCCUUCGUUCCCCUCACCCCCCUGUGCCCAUUCCUCAUUUCCUCCAUCUAUUUUCACCCUCCUCUCUGCGCUACUCCCUCCUUUGCCCAGUGAAUUUCAUUUUCCUCAUUGCACUCAUCCCAUCCCCCUGCACUCAUCCCAUCCCCCUGCACUCAUCCCAUUCCCCUGCACUCAACCCUCAUCCCUCCACCCAUGAAGCCCCCUGCGUGCGUCCCCUCUUUGGAGUCUGA